AUGGCUGAUUUCUCGCUAUAUACUGGACCCAGUGAGGAGUGGCUGGCUUUGAAGGCCACUUUGCCGGCGCCUCCCGACUUUGUCUCUCUGGAUGUCCUCAAGGCUGAGGCCAAUGCUGGGCGCGAAGCCAUUGCGGCGAAGGCCUUAGUUACGGAAGGUCUCCAAUCGCAGGUCGCCUUUCAAGACUAUUCCAUCCCUGCCCGCGACGGGGUCACCUUGCAGGCCAGGACCUAUCGUCCGGCCUCGCUGCCUCCCACCCAGCCUCUGCCGGUAUACAUCCACUUCCACGGCGGUGGAUACUUCCUCGGAACUCUCGCUUCGGAAGAUGCAAUCUGUUCGCGCAUCGUUGUUGGGUUGACCGCCGAAUCAACUCCCGUGGUCGUGGUCAACGUGAACUAUCGCCACACGCCGGAGCACAAGUACCCGAUUGCUUGGAACGACGCUGAAGAUGCAUUCCACUGGGUCCACGACCAUCUGACCGAAAUUGGCGGCGACGCAGACCAGGUGAUAGUCGGUGGAAUAUCAGCCGGGGCUCAUUUAACCGCCUCAUUGGUGCUGGCACAGCAUCUGGGCACGGACGAGGCUUUGCUCAAAAGACCAAAGGUGAAGGGUCAGGUGUUGAUGAUUCCUUCCCUGGUCUCGCGAGGUUGCUAUGCAGGACAGCUUGCGAAGCUCAAAGAUCCGCGGGUGUCGAGCUACGUGCAGAACGAACAUGCUCCGAUCUUGCCCGCCAGCCGCGUCGAUUUCUUCAUCGGACUUCUGGAGCCCUUUGGGGUCGAUAAGGAUCUGCGAUUGAAUCCUGGAAAUGCGACGCCGGAUCAGGUCAAGGGAAUGCCCCCGACGACCUUUGGAGUUGCAGGUCGAGAUCCAUUGAGAGACGAGGGUCUUUUGUAUGCCAUGUUGCUGGCUGAGAAUGGUGUUCCUACAGAUGUGAAUGUCUUCACCGGUCUUCCGCAUGGGUUCAGAAGGCACGGAGCCCUGUCUGAAAGUAAACGCUGGGAUGCAGUGAUGAACCAGGGCAUCAAAUGGGCCUUGGGUGAUCCGGUGGCUACAGGAGCCUUUGAUAUCAAGGAUAAAUGA